AUGAAUCUAUAUGACGUUGAAGAAAGUCGAGCCAUAAUAAUUCCCAGAGACGUAACAGAAGCCAAUUCCGCUGUAAAAAAGUACAUCAUUGACAAAGAAGCACCUGUAAUAGGACUAGAUUGUGAAUGGAAGAGCAGAUUUGCUAGUUGUCCUGUAGCAUUGAUCCAAAUUGCUACGGAAGAACAAUCAAUCUUGUUUCAAAUAUGUAGGUUUGAAAGCAAACAUAGGCUCCCCAAACUGUUAUCUUCAAUCCUUCUGGAUGAAAGAAUUGCUAAGGUUGGAGUUGGUAUUAAGGAAGAUGUUAGAAGAAUUCUACUUCAGUUUCAAAUUACUGUUAGGGGCUGGUUAGAUUUGAGAUGCCUUGCUGUUCGAAAAGACUUCUUCUCGUUAUUUUUGGUUCAACAAUUUCAAAACUUCGAAUUAAAAUUGUCACAGGAUGCUCCUCUUACCGACUCAAUUGUUAAGGGUAGACGAAGCAGUUUCAUGCCGAAGUUAGGCCUUGAAAAGUUGGUUGCAGAUAUUUUGCAUCGAAGCCUGCCUAAGCUAUUUAACAUACAAGUGUUAGGUAAUUGGGAAGCAUUUGAACUAUCCCAGGAUAUGAAGAUUUAUGCUGCAGCAGAUGCUGCUGCUUCAUUAGACAUAUUCCUUGGGCUAGAUGAAGCCAGACAUUGUACUUUGGUGCAUACCAAUUACAAUCUCAGAUGGCUUUCAGUUCCUUCAAACGACCUUACUUGGAGAUUGGUUAUUGAAAUGCCUUAUAUUGACGGAGAUGUCCGGCAAUCAUGUCUUGACAUUAUCUCCCAGAAUGUUCUGCCUCAGUGGAGACCAAUUUUAACUGAUCAUUACAGACGUUCUCCUAGUAAGAAGGUUAAAAGGUCCAACAAAUCUCACGACCGCAUUUCACCUAGUCCCCUUGAAAAAGCUUUGAAUAACCAAAUUCCAAAUUAUUCACAAGAUUCACAACUUCACAAGGAAGCUAAUUAUAGUACUCACUCAGGUCCACCAGACCAUCAUUUACAGCUCGCAAAGACCAUGCAGCCAGGGUUCCUCCAAGACGUUAGCUUUGUUCCCCACAACUACCAGCAAGAUUCCCCCAGAUAUUUACAACCGCCACCAUCAAGUGUUAUAAUUAACCUAAACUACAGACCUCCUUGUCACAAAAAGGUUAAAAUGUCUCACAAACUUAGCACAGCCCGAUCACGUAACGUUGCUCUGACUAGAACGAUUUAUAUCGAUUCACAUGAUGCACACCUUCACAAGGAAGCUAAUGGUUCUCACCCUGGUUCGUCAGACCCUCACUUACAAUUGAGAGGGCCAGUCGAGAUUAUGCAGCCAAAUUUAUACCAAGAUGUAAGCUUUGUUCCCCACAGUUACCAGCAACCGUACCCUACAUUUGGACUACCACCUCCACCACCAGGCAUUCCUAUGAGCCAAUACCACCGAGACAAUGUCAUGUUCCAUCCCCAGUUCGGAUUGCCAGGACUCCCUCAACCUCGAUUUCUAGUUCAGAUGCCGCCAGAGAUUACCUUCACUCCUCAUUCAUACACUUAA